AUGCAAGUGUCUAAGCUCUCGAUUGCCUUCGUCAUUGCUGUCAUGGCGCUGCUCUCAAUUGUCACUGCUAUCGACGUCAGAAAUCUCUCGGACUCAUCAUCUGUUGCCAAUGGAAGGCUCCCCAUUGCAGCAGUUGUGGGCAUUGCAGCUGCAGCGGCAGUUGCAGUAAUGGUCUCGGCUGCCAUCAAAGUGCGGAGCGUUAUCAGACUGAAGGACCUCGAGCUGCACGAAGUUGUGGUCUCACCGAACCAACUGGCAGAACAGCCCUUGUCCGUCACGAAACAGUUCGUCUACACGGCGCACAUCUGA